AUGUCGGUCUACCACACCAACGGUCGCCGUCACCCUGCCUCGCUCAUCCCCAAGGCAUGGCACGACCCGGCCCUCCUCGAGUUUGUCCGCUCGCCCGUCACCCAGGACAUGAUUGCCUACCUUGCUGAGAAGGCCGUCGAGGUCAUCCAGUGUGCCCCUCCUCCUCCGACCGCCGCGCUCCCUUCUCCUCCCGCGACGCCCACCAAGGCCGGCUUCCAGCAGCAGCAGACGCUCGACGCCGCGGCCGCCGCCAUUCCUCCCCUCGAGACGUUCAUCACGAUCCUCGUCCAGAAGUCGAACGUCCAGGUCCCGACGCUCAUGUGCACGCUCGUCUACCUCGACCGCCUCAAGACGCGCCUGCCCAAGGUCGCCAAGGGCAUGCACUGCACCCGCCACCGCGUCUUCCUCGCCGUCCUCAUCACCGCCGCCAAGUACCUCAACGACUCGUCGCCGAAGAACAAGCACUGGACCCGCUACGCCGCGCUCUUCUCGCCUGCCGAGGUCAACCUCAUGGAGCGCCAACUCCUCUUCCUCCUCGACUACGACCUCCGCAUGGACGAGUCGGAGCUAGUCCAGCACUUUGAGCCCUUCCUCCGCCGCCCGUCCACCUCGGCCGCUCGCGCCCAGUACGCCUCGACGACCGCCUACUACGCCCAGCAGCGGCAGCAGCAGCGCGAGUGCGAGCAGCAGCAGCAGCAGCACUGCGCGCCUUCGACUCCCGAACGCCGCUCCGUCUCGCACGACCAGUCGGGCUACCUCACUCCCCCUCCCUCCGCCCGUCGCACCUCGCCUCCCCAGCCUCGCCAGCGACCACAGCACGCGGCGCCGCCUCCCCGGCAACCGACGCACGUCUCGCCUUCCGAGUCGCAGUCGUCGGGCGGCACACUCUCGGAUGUCGAGUCGGACUUUUCCGACCGGGAUAUGGACUGCGACCCUCGCACUCCUCCCCGCUCAUCCGCUCGCAUCUCGACCCGCCCCGCCUCUUCCUCCGCGAAGCUCGUCACCCCUCCUCGACGAAACUCGGGCAACGCAGCCAAGUCUGGCUCGUCCUCGCUCCCCGUCACGCCGACCGACGACGUCCCUCCCUCGAUCCAGCCGCUCGUCAUCACCGCCAACACGGAGCGAAGACCGUCGUACGAGCCGUUGCGGUCUCAGCGGAGCGGGAGCUUCCUCAGUCGCGCGUACGAGCAGGGCAAGGGCGUCUUUUCGCGCUCGAGCGCAUCGAAGCAGGGCGGCCAACGACCAGUCGACGUCGUCGCGCACGACUUUGACCUGCGGGCGUGA